AUGCAGGGGACCGUGAGGCUGUGGGUGUCGGUGCUGACUUUCGCCCUGUCGCUGCUGGUCUGCCUGGGGACGCUGGCAGAAGCGUACCCCUCCAAACCGGACAGUCCCGGCGAGGAUGCCCCCGCAGAGGACAUGGCCAGAUACUACUCGGCGCUGAGGCACUACAUCAACCUCAUCACCAGGCAGAGAUAUGGAAAGAGAUCAAGCCCAGAGACACUGAUCUCAGACCUCUUGUUGAGGGAAAGCACAGAAAAUAUUCCUAGGUCCAGGUUUGAAGACCCUUCGAUGUGGUGAUGGAAUUUUCAGCACACUGUCAAAACUUUUCCUAGUUCUCAGUUCAUACUCCACGCCUAUGAAGCAAAUCAUAGCACCAUUCCCAGUGCAUGCAGCCAUUGUACUGAAUUCUGUAGAGUUUUUCCUUUGUCAUAUUUGUAUAUACCUUUAUUUAAAUAAAUUAUUUGUGCAUUCCAAAAUAUAACAUACUAAAUGAAAACAAGCAACCCUGUGAUUGGUAUAGCGAAGAGCUGUUUUAAACUGUUAACUGAAUUAUAGCCUCCCU